AUGCCAACAGCACUGUCAGACCUGCUGCUGAUGCCUUCCUGUUCCUUUAUAUGCAGAGAAUUUGGAUGGAGAGACCCUGAACUUCCUGAAGUGAUCCAGAUGCUUCAGCAUCAAUUCCCUUCUGUGCAGUCGAAUGCUGCAGCCUAUUUGCAACAUCUCUGUUUUGGAGACAAUAAGAUUAAAGCAGAGAUAAGAAGACAAGGAGGCAUACAGUUACUGGUGGACCUGCUGGACCAUCGAAUGACAGAAGUCCAUCGUAGUGCCUGUGGAGCUUUGAGGAACUUGGUGUAUGGGAAAGCUAAUGAUGAUAACAAAAUUGCCCUGAAAAACUGUGGGGGCAUCCCAGCAUUAGUACGGUUACUACGCAAGACUACUGAUCUGGAGAUCCGAGAACUGGUCACAGGAGUCCUUUGGAAUCUUUCUUCAUGUGAUGCACUUAAAAUGCCAAUUAUCCAGGAUGCCCUUGCAGUGUUGACCAAUGCAGUCAUCAUCCCUCACUCUGGAUGGGAAAAUUCACCACUCCAGGAUGAUCGGAAAAUACAGCUCCAUUCUUCACAGGUGCUGCGUAAUGCCACUGGGUGCCUAAGGAAUGUUAGUUCUGCUGGAGAGGAAGCUCGCAGAAGAAUGAGGGAAUGUGAUGGACUUACGGAUGCAUUGCUUUAUGUGAUUCAGUCUGCUCUCGGGAGCAGUGAAAUUGAUAGCAAGACCGUUGAAAACUGUGUGUGCAUUUUGAGGAACCUCUCCUACCGACUUGCAGCAGAAACAUCUCAGGGACAGCAGAUGGGAACCGAUGAGCUUGAUGGAUUACUAUGUGGUGAUGCCAAUGGCAAGGAUGCCGAGAGCUCUGGGUGUUGGGGCAAAAAGAAGAAGAAAAAGAAAUCCCAAGAUCAGUGGGAUGGUGUAGGACCACUGCCUGACUGUGCAGAACCACCAAAAGGAAUCCAGAUGCUGUGGCACCCUUCAAUAGUCAAACCCUACCUCACACUUCUUUCUGAGUGCUCAAACCCGGACACUCUAGAAGGUGCAGCAGGUGCCCUGCAGAAUUUGGCUGCAGGUAGCUGGAAGGGCUGUGAGGAGGAUGUGGCAGGCAUGGUUCAUGCCCUACGUACACUGCCAGAGGGGGCACCCUGCCUGCCACAGUGGUCAGUGUAUAUUCGUGCUGCUGUCCGAAAAGAAAAAGGUCUGCCGAUCCUAGUGGAGCUGCUGCGAAUAGACAAUGAUCGGGUAGUGUGUGCCGUUGCAACAGCUUUACGGAACAUGGCCUUAGAUGUCAGAAAUAAAGAAUUAAUAGGCAAGUACGCCAUGAGAGACCUGGUCCAUCGGCUUCCGGGAGGGAAUAACAGCAACAAUUCAGCCAGCAAGGCCAUGUCUGAUGACACAGUUACUGCCAUCUGCUGUACUCUGCAUGAAGUGAUAACUAAGAAUAUGGAGAAUGCCAAGGCCUUACGGGAUGCUGGAGGCAUUGAGAAGUUGGUUGGCAUCUCCAAGAGUAAGGGAGACAAGCAUUCUCCAAAAGUGGUAAAGGCAGCAUCUCAGGUCCUAAACAGCAUGUGGCAGUACAGAGAUCUGAGGAGCCUCUACAAAAAGGAUGGAUGGUCACAGUAUCACUUUGUAGCCUCAUCUUCAACAAUAGAAAGAGAUCGGCAAAGACCGUAUUCUUCAUCACGAACGCCCUCCAUUUCUCCUGUGCGCAUGUCUCCUAACAAUCGCUCAGCAAGUGCCCCAGCCUCACCUCGAGAAAUGAUCAGCCUCAAAGAGAGGAAAACAGAUUAUGAGUCCACUGGAACAAAUGCCACGUACCAUGGAACUAAAGGAGAACACACUUCCAGGAAAGAUACCAUGACAGCUCAAAACACUGGAAUUUCAACUUUAUACAGAAAUUCUUAUGGUGCACCUGCUGAAGAUAUCAAACAUAACCAGGUUUCAGCACAGCCAGUCCCACAGGAGCCCAGUAGAAAAGAUUACGAGACCUACCAGCCGUUUCAGAAUUCCACAAGAAACUAUGACGAGUCCUUCUUUGAGGAUCAAGUCCAUCACCGUCCACCUGCCAGCGAAUACAACAUGCACCUGGGACUGAAGUCCACUGGCAACUACGUCGACUUCUAUUCAGCAGCUCGUCCCUACAGUGAACUGAACUAUGAAACAAGCCACUACCCAGCCUCACCAGAUUCCUGGGUUUGAGACCCAGCGAGAAGGAACAGCUCCAGGAACUGUGCAUGUGCAUGCAUACACCACAA